ACUCCUGAAUAAAUUUUUGAGCUUUUAAAGGAUUGUUAUGGAGGACAAUUUGUUUUCAAAAGCCCAGGAUUCAGGCAUGACACGAAAUGAUCUUACCAGAGCAGUGAUGCUCCAGGAUCAGUACUUACAGUCAGCAUGGAGGACUGACCCUGCUGUCCUGCCCUGGACUCUGGAUAACUCAAUCAGCGCUGAGAACCGAGAGAUCAUUGAGAGCAUGCUGUUGGAAGAACAAUAUUAUUUUGCUGGGAAGAAGGUUCCGAAAGUGGCAUGGACGGAUGAAAAGCCGAAAGUAAAAAAGUCGCCAGUGAAGAGCUCUGGAGCUUCGGCUCGUUGGGCACAAGAGGAGAAAGAGCUCUUUGAGAGAGGACUGGCUCAGUUUGGCCGGAGGUGGACCAAAAUCGCAAAGCUGAUCGGCACUAGGACUGUCCUUCAAGUGAAGAGCUACGCCAGGCAGUACUUUAAGAACAAGGCUAAAGCUGAAGGUCAUACUGAAGUGUCUGCCACUAAGCCCCAGAGUGCACUGCUUCCUGCACUACCGUCUGGAUCCAGCCCUCCGUCUGUCCAGCCUCAGGCUGCUGCUCUGACCAACGCCGUACGCAUCGAACGACUGUCUGACGACGAGGACGUUGACAUCACCGAUGACCUGAGCGAUGAUGCAGUGAGUCAGCCUGAGAACCAGUUCGAUUUCAGGGACGAGCCCAAAGGUUUGGAUCCACCUCAAGACCAAACAGGUCAAAAUCAAACACCGUCCUCUACAGGCAAACUAAACCAUUACAUCUCGGAUGUAGCGGAAACAUCUAAUACACCUGCUGAGGGGAACAGCAGCUGCUUUCAGACUGGGACCGAGCCAGAACCUGGAGAUCAUAGAGAGUCCUGGGACACAAAAAUACAGCCCCAGUAUGGGGAUGAGUGCGCUGACGAUAAAGUUGAGAAGAGUCCACUAGAAGACACCGAAGACCAGGACGAAGAAGAGGAGCUGAAGCCCCCCGAACAGGAAGUGACGCUGGACACAAGUACCAUCACCGAAGAAGAAAAGCAGGCCAUCCCAGAAUUCUUUGAGGGUCGUCUGUCAAAAACGCCAGAGCGAUAUCUGAAAAUCCGCAACUACAUACUGGACCAGUGGGAGAAGAGCAAACCCAAGUACUUAAAUAAGACGUCAGUGCGUCCAGGCUUGAAGAACUGCGGGGAUGUGAACUGCAUUGGCCGAAUACACACCUACCUGGAGCUCAUAGGGGCGAUCAACUUCAACUGUGAGCAGGCAAUCUAUAACCGUCCUCGGCCGGUGGACCGCUCGCGUCUGAAGGAAAGCAGAGACAGUCUGGAGGCCUAUCAGCUGGCUCAGAGACUACAGUCCAUGCGCACAAGGAAACGACGAGUGCGAGAUGCCUUUGGGAACUGGUGUGACGCCCGAGACCUGGAGGGCCAGACCUAUGAGCAUCUAAGCGCAGAGGAACUGGCCCUUAGGAGAGAGGAGAUGAAAAAGAGGCAACCAAAGCCCUGCAAACUCCCUAAGCGAGGCUCUUUUGAUCCAUUCCAGCUUAUCCAGUGCAAAGCCUUUGGAGAGGAGAGACAAGAACCGUUCCGUGUGAUCGUGUGUGCUGAAGCUCUGGUUGUCAUGGAUGUGCAUGCUCAUGUCUCUAUGGGAGAGGUGAUCGGACUCCUGGGUGGAUCUUACGAUCAUGAGGACAAAGUGUUAAGGAUUUGUGCAGCAGAACCAUGUAACAGCCUCAGCACUGGACUGCAGUGUGAAAUGGACCCUGUCUCCCAGACUCAAGCGUCUGAGAUGCUUGGGGUCAAAGGUCACAGUGUAGUUGGCUGGUAUCACUCGCAUCCAGCUUUUGAUCCAAACCCAUCACUCCGAGACAUUGACACUCAGGCCAAGUACCAGAAUUAUUUCUCUCGAGGAGGAGCUCCGUUUAUAGGAAUGAUCGUGAGCCCAUAUAACCCCAGUAACUCCUCCCCUGUGUCCCAGAAUACGUGUCUGCUGGUACAGGAAGAGACUGGAUCUGCAGGCACUCAGAAGCAUCCGUACAAAUUUGAGUAUCAAGUCUCCACCGAGCCUCCAGACUUGACAGAAGUGAUGAGAAGAGCAGAAUGGGUGGUGUUCAAGUACAGGCAGUCGUAUGGGUCUGUGCCCAUGCAAAGACUCUACCGCAGAGAUUCCUCUCUCACAUGCCUUGAAAAGUUGCUCACGUCACUUAGGAAGAUUCUCGCAGAGAUCCCGGAGACGGAGACCUUCCUGGUCCAGAUUGAAGCUUUGUUUGUUACACAUUUCAUAGAUAAGCAAGAGACUGAGCAAGCGUCUGGCUCCUCCUGUCAUCUUCAUGAGCAAUUUAAGCAGUUUCCUUCACACACGUUCACCACCUCCGAGCUGACGGACAGCCCUGAGGUCUUGGACUACGAGGAGAUGUGUUCUACAGAGGAGCAGUCUAUCACUCACACUAGCAGUUCUGAGAAAGGCUUUAAUAGCUCAGGUUCUGGAAACCAAGUUGUAACUGGGAAAGGAGUGAAUAUACCAUUUGUACCAUCAGCAAAACCUGAGUAUUGACAUUCAUCUGAGCUGAUGAGCACCUAAGUUAUUAAUGAGAGCCCCUGUUGUUGCACAUACUAAUAUAAUUCAGCUGUAUUUUCCAGUAAGACCAGUAAUCAUUUGCAAAUGACUGUACCUCAUGUUGAUAUAUAAUUGUGGCAGCAAUUAAAUCUCAUUGCAACAACGCAGAUGUACUGAAAGCUAGUCAGUGCUAAACAAGGAUAGUGUGUUAUCUAGCGAAGAGUUUUGUACUUUCUCUCUCCAUUAUUUGUCUAUUGAUCCAUUUAUGUCCUCCAUUUAACUGCUAACAAACAGCAAACACUCAAUCAGUAGGAUUUCUUCACCCUACAGUGUUAAGACCCUCCCUGUUCUACCAUCCCAAAGAUGUUCGACUGGAUUUGGAUCCGGUAACUGGGAAGGCCACUGAAGAACGUUGAACUCAUUGUCAUGUUCAUGAAAUCAGUUUGAGAUGACGUUUGCUUUGACAUGGUGUAUUAUCCUGCUGGAAUGGUAAAUUGCAGCUAUGGAGGGAUGCACAUGAUCAGCAACGAUACUCAAAUAGACUGUGGCAUUCAAGUGAUGAUUGACUGAUAUACAGUUGUGUUCAAAAUAAUAGCAGUGUGUUUAAAAACGUGAGUAAAGCUCAAAAUCCUUAUAAUAGUUUUUAUUUCCAUGCAUUGGGAACAAUGCACAUUAUAUUCUACAUCAAAACAUGAAGAAAAAUGUAUCAAUAUUUUAAUUACUUUACAGAAAAUGAAGAAAAAUGAACAUUGGGCUGUUCAAAAAAUAGCAGUGUCUGCAUUUUUCAUUACAAACUCCAAAUAUUUACUGUAUAAACUGAAAAAAUCUUAAGGAUUUAGUAUUCCUGUGAAUCACUAAACUAAUAUUUAGUUGUAUAACCACGUUUUCUGAGAACUUCUGGCACUUGUGAACAGGUAUUCCAGCCCAGGAUGAUUUGACAACAUUCCACAAUUCCUCUGCAUUUCUUGGUUUUGCCUCAGAAACAGCAUUUUUGAUGUCACCCCACAAGUUUUCUAUCGGAUUAAGGUCCGGGGAUUGGGCUGGCCACUCCAUAACUUUCAUUUUGUUGGUCUUGAACCCUGAUGCUGCUCGCUUACUGGUGUGUUUGGGGUCGUUGUCUUGUUGAAACACCCAUUUCAAGGGCAUUUCCUCUUCAGCAUAAGGCAACAUGACCUCUUCAAGUAUUUUGAUAUAUGCAAACUGAUCCAUGAUCCCUGGUAUGCGAUAAAUGGGCCCGACACCAUAGUAAGAGAAACAUCCCCAUAUCAUGAUGCUUGCACCACCAUGCUUCACUGUCUUCAGAGUGUACUGUGGCUUGAAUUCAGUGUUUGGGGGUCGUCUGAAAAACUGUCUGCGGCUCUUGGACCCAAAAAGAACAAUUUUACUUUCAUCAGUCCACAAAAUGUUUUUCCAUUUCUCUUUAGGCCAGUCGAUGUGUUCUUUGGCAAAUUGUAUCCUCUUCAGCACGUCUUUUUUUUUAAACAGUGGAACUUUGCGGGGGCUUCUUGCUGAUAGAUUAGCUUCACACAGGCAUCUUCUAAUUGUCACAGUACUCACAGGUAACUUCAGAACGUCUUUGAUCACCCUGGAGCUGAUCAUUGGCUGAGUCUUUGCCUUUCUGGCUAUUCUUCGAUCCAUUCGAAUGGUAGUCUUCUGUUUUCUUCCACGUCUCUUUGGCUUUGCUGUCCAUUUUAAAGCACUGGAGAUCAUUUUAGCUGAGCAGCCCAUCAUUUUCUGCACUUCUUUACAGUAUACGUUUUACCUCUCCAAUCAACGUUUUAAUCAAAGCACGCUGUUCUUCUGAACAAUGUCUGGAACGUCCCAUGUUUCUCAGGUUUUCAGAGAGAAAUGGAUGUACAACAUGUGCUGGCUUCAUCCUUACAUUAGGGCCACCUGACUGACAUCUGUUUUUUCACAGAAUGAAUGAUCUCACUAAUUAAACUCCACACUGCUAUUAUUUUGAACACGUCCCUUUCACUUAAUUAUUCGAUUACACAGACUCAGGAGCAUGCAUAUCAUGAAUGUUGGGUCUGUUGGUUUUCUAUGACUCUACUACACCUACUGGUAAAUUAUUUGCCAUGUAGUAAUAUAAUUUCCACCAAAAACAGUGAUUGAUCUGGUUAGUCGUGUUGGACUGCUAUUAUUUUGAACACAAGUGUACAGUACCAGUCAAAAGUUUGGAAACACCUUCAAAUUCGAUGUUUUUAUUUUUUUCCCUACAUUGUAGAACAAUACUGAACUCAUCAAAACUAUGAAAUAACAUCUGGAAUUAUAUGGUAAACAAAAAAAGUGUUUAAAAAAAAAGCAUGUUUCAUCUUUUAGAUUCUUCAAAGUUGUCACUAUUUAUCUUGAUAACAGUUUUGCACACUACUGGCAUUAUCUGAACCAGCUUUGUGAGGUAGUCACCUGGAAUGCUUCUCAAUUAACAGGUGUGUCUUGACAAAAAUGGAAUUUCUUGCAGCCUUAAUGCUUUUGACACCAUCAACUAAUAAAGAGUAAAUAAUAAAAAUGCAGUAAAUAGCCCUGUUUGACAACUGUAGUAAUCCAUAUUAUGUCAAGAACCACUCAACUAAGUAAUGAGAAAUAACAGUCAUUACUUUAAGACACAAAGUGUCUUGUAGUUAAUUAAAAUAAAGAAAAAACAUCGAAUUUGAAGGUGUUUCCAAACUUUUGACUGGUACUGCAAGUCCAAAACGUGUCAAGAAAACAUUCCCCGCACCAUUACACCACCUCCACCAGCCUGGACUGUUGACACAAGUCAGGCUGGGUACAUGGAUUCAUUCAGGCACCAAAUUCUGACCAGGACACCGGUGUGCCGUAGCAGAAAUUGAGGUUCAUCAGACUGGGCUACAUUUGUCCAGUCUUCAACUAUCCAGUUUUGGCAAGCUUCUGCCCUCUGCAGCAUCAGCUUUCUGUUUUUGAUGAACAGAAGUGGAACCUGAUGUGGUCUUCUGCUGUUGUAGUCCAUUCCCUUUAUGGUUCAAUGUGCUGUGCAUUCUGAGAUGCUUUUGUGCUCACUACAGUUGCACAGGGGUGGGUUUCCCAAAAGCUUCUUAAUGCUAAGAGCAGCUUAACUAGGAGAGUGAGUGUUCAUUGUGCUAUGAUGCUUUUGGGAAACCCACCCCAGAGUGGUAAUCCGAGUUAUUGGAGACUUUGUCAGCUCUAACCAAUCUGUGUAGUUUUUCCCAAAAGCAUCGUAGCACAAAGAUCAUCGUUAAAUGGUAGCGCGAGCAACACAAUGAACACACACACUCCUAGUUAAGAUGCUCUUAGCGUUAAGAGGCUCUUGGGAAACCCACCACUGGCCAUUCUCGGUUUCUUUAUUACGCCAGUCUGAGUAAACUCGAGAGACUGUUGUGUGUGAAAAUUCCAGGAGAUCAGCAGUUAUAGAAAUACUCAAACCAGCCUGUCUGGCACUAACAAUCAUACCAUGGUCAAAAUCACAGAGAUCACAUUUUCCCCCUAUUUUGAUGGUUGAUGUGAACAUGACCUGAAGCUGCUGGUCUGUAUCUGCAUGAUUUAUACAUUGCACUGCUGCCACAUGAUUGACUGAUCAGCUAGUGCCAUGAAUGUGUAGGUGUACAGUUAUUAAUAAAGUGCUCAGUGAGUGUUCUCUGUAUUAUACAGUAUUAGCAUCACUCUGUUAGCAGUGCUGAUGUCAUGAAGGACGAUACGCAGUAGUAUACUUUUUUUUUUUAAUGUUUGAAGGUCUGAGUGUCUUGAAUCAUUAUUGUGGAACACUUUAUGGUUUUGUAAUAAAGUAAUUAUUUUGGA